AUGGAGCAAGAACUACCUUCAACUACUAGACCCAAGCCCAAGCUACUAAACCGUCUCAACACAUACGUAGGCUCAAGCCGGGUCGGUAAGAGAUUCAAACUCACCGAACGUAACUCAACUUUCACGACUGAGCUCCGUGCCGGUACGGCGACGUUUCUCACCAUGGCUUACAUCCUCGCCGUAAACGCCUCCAUCCUCUCCGACUCCGGUGGAACUUGCUCUGUUUCCGACUGUAUCCCCCUCUGCUCAAACCCAACUCUCCCACCUUCCCAGUGUACCGGACCGGGUCUCAGAUUAAUCAAACCAGACAUAACCUGUAAAUUCCACCCGGUUAAUCCCGGUUACACCGCGUGCCUCGAAGUACUUCGAAAGGAUCUAAUCGUCGCCACCGUAGAGCUUCCUCUCUCAUCGGUUGUGUAA